UACACUGAAUCCUCUGUUCGCUGAAAGAAGAAGGAGAAGAAGGAGGUGUGUGAGUGAGAGGGAAACAUGGCGGUUCCUCAGAAAGAUGCUAACGUUAAACCGGGUAAAGCUGGCGGAAAGGAGCCGCAGCCUCUGAUUAUCGCUAAAACUCCUGCAGAGGAGCAGCGGCUGAAACUGGAGAGAUUAAUGCGCAACCCGGACAAACUCGCUCCCAUACCCGAACGACCCAAAGAGUGGAACCCAAGAGCUCCUCCAGAGUUUGUGAGAGAUGUUAUGGGCUCAAGUGCUGGUGCAGGCAGCGGAGAGUUCCAUGUGUACAGACACUUGAGACGGCGCGAGUAUCAGAGACAAGACUUCCUUGACCGGAUGUCAGAUAAGCAAAAGCUUGAUGAAGAUUAUAUUCAGAAGGUGCAGGAUAACCAGACAGCUGCAGAGGAGAGGACAGCCAAAAGAAGGAAGAAGAGAGAAAAGCUUAAACUGAAGAAACAGAUGGCAAAGAAAGCUAAAUUGGAAAGCCAAAAGGGAUCAGAUAAGGAAGAUUCUUCAGCAAGUUCUAACGAGUCGACUGAGGAGCAGGAAGCGGAGGAUGAUGCAGAGUUACCCAGCUUUAUUAUGGGAAAGAGGUGAUUCUCAAGGACGAAUGGUCAUAGCCUGUCGAUUCUGAAAGCAUUUGGCAUCAUGUUGGGCUCAAGUGCUGAGGCAUUCUAAUCCACAGAAAGACUUUUAAACCUGUUGUGGGUGUGGAUGAUACAACCUAACAUUUUCCUGAUCUGGCUACAAUUGUGAAACACCUAUAUAUUGACUCAAGGUAAAUGUCGUAUAUGGUAUUGAUUGGUACAGCCUGUUUGUUUCCAGCAAUACAAGAUCAAUUUACCGAAAUAUUUGACUAAAUUGAUUUUUUUUUACUGUACAUAUUUUAAUAAACAACUACUAAAAACUGAA